ACUGCCAAGUUGCUCUGUAGGGGUUAAAAAACAGAUUCGCGUCGCUUCCUGCACUUGGGAUCUCAAACAUAGACAGCUGUGAUCGGAACAACGGAAGGCACAGAAAAAAGAGAAGUGGUAUUUAAAGUAAAGUUCAGUUCUGGUUGCUUGCCGACCUUCAAUAAUAUAAAUCACAGAGACUAAGUCGAGCCAGUACAUUUAACAGACACGGCACGACAGAAGGUGUCGGCAUACAGCUAUGGGCUCAGUGAUCCUGGAAAGUUUGUGGAUAGUAGUGGCUCUACUGGCGUUUGGCUGCCUAGCACUGGAAGAUGAGCCCGACAUCGCUCAGCGAGAGGUGACCUUUGACCUUUCCGAAAUCCUAGGAGUUAAAGGUGCCAGUCAGCCUGACCCACAUCUGGCCCAGAGGGAGGUGACCUUUGACCUUGAAGAUCUUUGGGAGCCCAUAGAGCUGCCUGAAGCUGACCCCGAUGUGAACCAAAGAGAUGUGACCUUUGACCUUCCCAAAAUUCUGAGAGAAAGAGGUUCCAGGCGAGAUGAAUCUGAUAUGACACAAAGGGAGGUGACCCUUGAACUUGAUAGUGGUUUCAAGGAUAUGGGUCCCCCAGUUUUUGGACCUCGUUCCUUCCGGGAGCCCCGUGUCCCUUUCCCCCCUGCCCGCCCUUCAUCGGACAACCUCCCCGCCAUCUGUCUCCAUGGUGCAGGGCGUCCUCGGUACCCCCACCACUCCCUUCCUCAAUCUGGGUACAGCCACCUGUAUCGAUAUGCAGACGCCAUCCACCGCGUCGAGUCCUGGUACAGUGUCUGUUGCCAAGGGAACAAAACACAGGCGGAAACCCUCUGCUGUGCCCAGCAGGCGUGGGAGCAUGCUCUCUCCCAGUUCUGUGAAGAAGAAUUCACAAUAAAGACUAGACAUUACCAUUGCUGCAAGGAGCAGGGAGGGGCUAGAUGGAGCUGUUUCGAGAAGGAUGCCCCCAACCGCUCUUACCUGCCUACCAGUGAUGGAUCUGUGGCUCCGCAGUCACCUCCUGAACCAGGAUUCACCUGGAACCCCAAUGCAUGCCGACGGUCUGAGACCAGUAUGGCGCCCAGGAGUUUCAGGAAGGUUCCUGGCUUCAACUUCCCACCUGGUCGGCCUACUUCCUCCAACAUCAAAUGGGUCUGCCGUCUCCGCAAGAUGCGUCCUCGAUACAAUCCCAAAUGCCUGCCGUCGAACGCCUAUGGCUGGCUUGCACGUCAGUCAAAGACCAUCAACAGGCUGGAGAAGGGCCUAAAGCAGUGCUGCAAGGGGAAGAAUGAGGUGUUGGCCUGCGCUGAUGGGAAGUGGCGAGAGGUGAUGGACAGGUACUGCAAGGAAGAGGGGUCAGUGAAGGAUUCGCAGUUCCCCUGCUGCAAGAUAGCGGAGGGGCCACAACGAUACUCGUGCUUCUCCUCCCGCGCACCCUACCCAGAGUAUAACUAUGAGAUACUCCAGCGAGAGGUGUCCCACACUUACCUCGACCUGGGCCUCAUCUGUCACACCCAUAAGCAGCUCACCCAAAGACUUCCUGUGCAGCUUCCCAUUAAAAGUAUUGUGAAGCAGUGCUGCCACCUACCUAAAACUAACAGAAAUGGUUGUGUGCAAGGAAAGCUGAAUGACAUGCUGGAGAGUAAGUGCGCAGCAGAUAAACCGCUGCCUCCAGCUUUUCCGCCCGACUGCUGCACUGAGCCUUCCCGUGAAUACUUCGGCUGUCUCUCCAACAUGCUGAUAGAGGCCCUCAAGAAAGUAACUACUUCCCCUGGCUACAAGAAGUGCCCCCUCCCCUAAUUUUUCCUCCCCAUCAUUUUCAUCCUUCAUGACAAUUUUCCUCAGGUUAUCAGGGGGCUAUUCAGAUGGGAUAGAAAUUUGAGACAGGGUUUCUCUCAGUGGCGGUGGGUGAGCUGGAAACAGGGGAAACCAGAACAC